CCAUAGUUUGAAACCUUCAAAUAAUGUAUAACCAUGGUUAAAUUGUUAACCUCUUCUUUAAUAAAUCCUUCGUUUGAUCAUCUCUCUCACUUUCUCCUCUACUCCACAGUUCAACCGUCCAAAUUCCAAUGGGGACAUUACGAGCUUUCUCUCUCCUGGCACUCGCUUUGUCUCUCCUAGCCGUCGCUUCCACCGUCUCCGGCCAUAACAUCACUCAAAUCCUCUCCGAUACGCCGGACUAUUCCUCCUUCAACAGCUACCUUUCCCAAACAAAACUCGCCGACGAAAUCAACAGCCGAACUACCAUCACCGUCCUCGUCCUCAAGAAUGGCGCAAUGUCUUCCCUCGCCGGAAAACAUCCACUCUCCGUCGUCAAAAACGCUCUCAGCCUCCUCGUCCUCCUCGACUACUACGAUCCUUUGAAACUCCACCAGCUCUCUCAAGGCACAACUCUCACCACCACGCUUUAUCAAACCACCGGAAAUGCUCCCGGAAACCUAGGGUUCGUCAACGUCACCGAUCUCAAAGGAGGCAAAGUCGGAUUUGGCUCCGCCGCUCCUGGAUCCAAGCUCGAUUCAUCCUACACCAAAUCCGUUAAACAAAUCCCUUACAACAUCUCCGUUCUCGAAAUCAACGCUCCGAUCAUCGCUCCCGGAAUCUUAACCGCACCUGCUCCUUCUUCCGGCGGACUCAGCAACAUCACCGGACUUCUCGAGAAAGCCGGUUGUAAAACCUUCGCGAGUUUGCUCGUCUCGAGUGGCGUACUCAAAACAUACGUAUCAACCAUUGAAAAAGGCUUGACGGUCUUUGCACCGUCCGAUGAAGCUUUUAGAGCGAAAGGUGUACCAGAUCUGACGAAGCUCACGCAAGCUGAGGUGGUCUCGCUCCUAGACUACCACGCCCUCGCUGAGUACAAACCUAAAGGUUCACUAAAGACUAACAAAGACGCUAUCUCCACGUUAGCCACUAACGGCGCCGGUAAGUACGAUUUAACGACGUCCACUUCUGGCGACGAGGUUAUCCUUCACACCGGCGUUGCUCCGUCGCGACUCGCUGACACGGUGAUCGAUGAGACACCUGUCGUGAUCUUCACGGUGGAUAAUGUACUACUCCCCACUGAGCUAUUCGGAAAAUCUCCAUCUCCAUCUCCAUCUCCGGCGCCGGCACCGGAGCCGGUGACUGCACCGACACCGUCUCCAGCUAAGUCACCGUCUCCAGCUGAAGCACCUACUCCAGCGGCAGCUUCUCCGCCGGCACCUCCGGAGGACGAAACUUCGCCGGAAGGAGCUCCGUCAGACUCGCCGACAAGUUCAGAGGACAGUAAUGCGAAAAACGAGGCGUUUCACGUGAACGCUCCUGCGUUGUUCACCGCAUUGGUCGUCGCUCUUGCCGCCACAUCUCUCUUGUUAUAAAACACUCUUUAAUUACCGAGAGUGCCACUCUCUUCUUUUUAGCUAUAGACGAGUCCCUUUAUUUAUUUACGUGGUUCUGUUUGUUAAGACUGGGAUAAGUGUUUAAGUUAAUCUUUUUAGUUAAUUUUAGAUAUUUGAUGAUUGUUUUUUGUUUUGUUUUGGUGUGUUAUUAGUUUUGUAAUACUGUUGUUGAGAGAUCUUCUAAUUAACUAGUAGCAUUUCAGUUCGUGGUUUU